AUGGCUUUCUCAGUUCUGCGACUGACUCUUGUCCUGGGACUGUGUGCCCUAAUCCUGACAAGCCAGGCAGAUGACAAACCAAAUGAAGAAGGCAACCCAGAUGAGAAAGCAGAUAACCCUCCAAAUGACUCCAGUAAAAAAGCAGAGGGAGAUUUCCCCAAAUUCUUAAGCCUCCUGGGUUCAGAGAUCAUUGAGAAUGCCGUGGAUUUCAUCCUUCGCUCCAUGUCCAGGGGAUCAAGCUUUAUGGAACUCGAUGAGGACCCUGGACAGCCAUCUUCAAAGUGACCUCCUAAGAAUGUCAGGCAUUGAGGAGGGAAGAGUUCCUGAACCAAUGAGUGUGGCCUCUUUACAGUUCACAGAGUUCACUUCAGUGCACAGAGCUGAGUCCUCAACAGCCAUAGCAGCCAACUCGACAGGCACUUUCUCCCAGAACCAUCUACUAAGUCAAGAGGACACGAUUGAAGUCGUGGAGCAAGGUGACCGUGGCCACACUGGAGUCUAGAACACACAUUCAUUCUGUUUCCACUCUUUAGGUCAACAUAUUUGCCCGGGUCCUUCUCAAGCAAAGCUCCUAUUUCCAAUCCCACCCUGAAUGCAGUCAUUGUAUUUUCGAUGAUAGCUAUUACUUGACAAUCUUGCUGUUUUUAUUUAUCUGUGAUAGAUUUGCAUACAGCACAAAGAACCUUUAAUGAUAUUGAUGGAUAAACCAUGGACUGAAUAUUGAACCAGUGGAAAAUAAAAAUGAACGUUGUAUUUUACAGUGAAUUGAGAUAGCCCAUUCUUUGCAUCUUUUAGAGAAUGGCAUCAGUUUCAAAUAUCACACCCAUCCUAAGUUAUCAAAAUAUCUAUU